GUGUGAAAGCAGAAAGACUCAGAUUCGACUCGAAGUGCCUCGCCUCUCCUCUCCGCCUGAAGUGUGCGCAUUUACCUGGCCCACCGUCCACCAUCUCAACCGCGAAAGAGAACCCCCAGCCGAGACGACCCUGGCCGACCAGGGUAUCAACCAUCGCCAACCCCUGUUUUUGGUGCCCAUUGCUGCUCUUCUCCCUCCAAAACUCUCACUGGAGCUGUGCGUCACGCCGUCACCCUCUCGAGAAUUUGCACAAGCUCGAGAGCUGCCUUGCCAGGACGUCUACGUCUGGAACACGGAAGAACAGAGCAAACACAACAAGCGGAGCGUCUCGCAUCCAGGCCCAGACCGUACUUAGACCACUCCAGUCCUCCGCAACCUCGAGCCUCCUUCUUCUACCUUGCUCUACUCUCCGAAUUGCUGCUACGAAUAUCGACAAGAGUACCUACCGAUACCGUCUGUUUGUUCCGCCACAGCCCACGCAUGCCCAGACUUUUCCAACCCCAUUCCUGAGCUUCUUUUCCAGCUGCAUUGUCUCAUUCUCUGCCCAUUCCACGCCAGUCUCAGUCUCAAGGAUAUACUUUGUCCACCCCCGCAUCCAGCCGCCUGGACUGCAACGGGUCUACCAACUUCUCACGGAUGCCUUACCGUUAGGUAGCUCUCUACCUACCUACUCGAGUCACCUCAAGCCCGCCGUCGUGUCCAGAGAGUCAGAGACCGAGAUAAAGUCCUUCCUCGGCUUUCCCUCUACCGCUGCCACUCGCUAGCCAAGCUCUCAGCUCUGUUGCCCCGGCCGCUUUCCCGCCCCGUUUUCCACACACCUGAGCGGCGCCAGCAACAGCUGUCAUCCUGGUCAACUAACAACAUCACCUGCUCACCGACCCGGUCUGUCAUCACUUAGACUCUAGACCCUCGACCCUCGACUCGUACCGGUCGCGCUACCGUCUACGCCACACCCCGUUCUUCGGCUUCCCAUCCAACAACAACCACCAUCCUCGCGCUUCCCUGUGCCUUGUGAGGCCCCGCAGGUCUUGGCGGAACCGCCUCCUACGCUGUGCUUCCUCGCCAUAAGAGAGAGCUCCGUCUCUUCAAAGACCACGGCGUGCGGCCGCAAACAUAACUUCCUUGGCAUUGUUGGACACGCAUAUCAUUUUGUCGGAACAGCUUUUUCGCCAAUCCCCUCUUUGAUUCCAGGAACGACCGAUGAAGAAACACACAAACCUCAAACAACUCAACUAAGCAUCAUACGUACCCAGAGCCGAAUCCUGUCAUGAACAAGAGCUCAUCCGAUUUCCAUCGAUAAGGUCACCCUCACCACUUGCGCCUACAUACCUACCUCUCCACGCAUAUUCGACGACAAGACGCUCUGACCUGACUGUCACCGGUCGACCUCCACGUUCCAACUAUCAGUCGACAGACGCUCCUUUCCAUUUUCAGACGCUGUGGUCAGUCCACCAUCAGCCACUCACCUCGGCGCAAAUCACCUCUUGAUCUUCUACACAUUGCUUUUUCGUCCCUUCCAAGACAGGCUCGUCGCACAUAUCCCGUCCGAGGCUUUGAGCGACUCUGUCCAACCCAGCGCAUCUGCCCAAUUCCUCCCCGCCGGGACGACUGCUUUGCCGCUGCGCUCAUGCUGACAUUGAUUACACAGCAGCUGUACAGUCUUCAAUGAAACCAUCAGAAAAUUGGCGUAGCGUAUUCUUGCUUCCGCAAAGCACCAAAAAGAAAAAGAAGAAUAGCAAAGGCAACUCUUCGCCAUCUUCACCGAGACUUCACUUUCCAGAACUCCAGUGGGAGCCCAAGACAACGACGACUACGCCGACACCGACGACGACGGCAGAACGGCGGCACACCAUGUCUGGGCCAACCCCUCGUUCGAUGCUCAACGUCCAAAGCCCCGAUUCCGAUGUCUCGCCCAAGACUCCGUUACAACCCUCUGACCAGACAAAGACGGACUACUUCUCCAUCGAGUCUUCGUCGCAGGCGCAGUCGCAAAAGAAAGACGAGGAAGCCAAGGCCAACGAUGCAGAGCCAUUGAGCCGUGCAACCACACUUUCGAGCAUCGCCAGCCCUUCCCCCCUCGAAAGCGCAACAGGAAGCUUCUCUGCCGAGUCGUCGCGGACCGAAUCGUAUGGAGGAAGGCCGAGAGGAUCAUCAAUAGCGUCGCUGAGCUUUGCACCAUUGCGGAACCCGUCGCUGCCGCAGGGCAACCAGAAAAAGACGAAUAAGGAGCGCAUAAGGGCCUCAUCGCCUCCACCUGAAAGGUUCCAGUCACAUGUCGCAUUCGACAACCUUCCUUUGGGCGAGGCGACUAAGAACAACACGCUCUCGCUGACAUUGAAUGUCCGUCACCGGGGGUACCAGGCGCAACGACGAUCGCGCACCUUCAUGGUCGGCGUCGACGAGCAUGCUUACUCCGACUAUGCGUUGCAGUGGCUACUCGACGAGCUAGUCGACGACGGAGAUGAGGUCGUCUGUGUGCGCGUUAUUGAGAAGGAGCUACGAGCCGCCGAAACGAACAAGAUAUACCAGGAAGAGGCGAAGAAGGUCAUGGAUGGCAUCCUGAAGCGCAACGGCCUGAACCGAGCCAUCAGUAUUGUACUGGAGUACGCGAGUGGAAAACUUCAUGCGACAUUCCAGCGACUGAUCCAAAUUCACCAGCCCGCCAUGCUCAUUGUUGGCACGAGGGGCCGGUCGCUCGGCGGCCUCCAAGGCCUGGUUAAUACGCGCAAUUCCUUUUCAAAGUACUGUUUGCAGUACUCGCCUGUUCCUGUUGUCGUCGUCCGCCCGACAGAGAAGCGGGAGAAGAAGAAGAAUAAGAGAAAGAACGAUACGGAACGGCAGACAUAUGUCAGGAUGCUGUCAGCGACAGGCGGAAAGCACGAGGCCGACAGCGAGAGAAGCAGCAUGUAUGAAGUGGAAGUUCACAACACGGCGGACGAAGAGGCACAUCAAGUCGCCAAAGCGCUAGGAUUGCCUGCGGCAUUUGACCCGACUAUCAAGCCAGUCGACCUCAAUGCUCUUCUGCACCCGAGACACCAAUCAGCGCCAUCCAAUCUCGCACAAACGAGUAGUGCGGGCACGGGUAGAUCGUCCGCCCCGCCUAGUGCGGCGGGUGACAGCGAUGAAGAAGAUGACGAUGAUGAGGACGAGUUCGAGACGUUCUCUGGCGACCAGCUUAUCAACUCGUCGCAGAUGGAUAAGCUCCACAAGAUGGAGGCCAACGAGGCGGCAGCUCUUAAGCAACGAAAGUCGAGUUUGGACUCUAGCGCCAGUGGGGUAGAUGAUGACGAAGACGAGGAGUCCAAAGCCUCGCGACACAGCAGCAACAGCUGAUACAGCAGCCCCAUAGCUUCGAAUGGAGAGGCAGGGAGGGUUACGAACUAGCAUAUGUGGGAAUUAGACGGCGUUUGGUCGAUAGCGUGGGCAUUUUCAGUUUGCUGGGACGACAUAUCCCGUAGUUGUGGUGUGUGCGUGCGAAGACGGAGGGAAGUGUCAAGGGGGGGUUGUCUAGGUAGUCGGCGUAGUUGUUAACACCUCGUGCUCUGCAUGGAGCCCGUGGAUUGAUACCCACAAGAGAUGGAAAUGAUAAAAAUUGGCCG